UUCUCUUUUAUCUAGUCGGGGCAAAAUGGCAAGUCCGAGCAAAAAGGCAAAAAAUACGAUCACCAAGGUGUUUAAUGAUCCCAUCCAUGGUAGCAUAGAGUUACACCCACUCCUCAUCAAGAUCAUUGACACACCUCAGUUCCAGAGACUUCGAUUCAUAAAGCAGCUUGGAGGUGUCUACUUUGUUUACCCUGGAGCGUCUCACAACCGCUUUGAACACUCGAUCGGGGUGGGAUACUUAGCAGGAAAACUUGCUGAGGCUCUCAGGUCAAGGCAGCCGGAUCUCGACAUCACUGACAGAGACGUCCUUUGUGUUCAGAUUGCUGGCCUCUGUCAUGACCUGGGUCAUGGACCCUUUUCCCAUCUGUAUGAUGGAAUGUUCCUCCCCAAAGCACUGAAAAAGAAGGGAAAAGAAAUGAGAAGAAAUGAGGAGAAAUUGGGAGAAGAGGAAAAAUUGGAGGAAUGGAAGCAUGAAAAGGGCUCUUGUGACAUGCUAGACCACCUGCUGAAAGAGAAUAAUCUUAAACCAGUGAUGGAGGAGUAUGGACUGAAACCUAAAGAUGUGACAUUCAUUAAGGAGAUGAUUGCUGGACCUCUACAGGAAUCUAAAAGCAAGAAGGCAAGUUCACCUCAUUAUUGGCCGUACGAAGGGCGCAAAGAAAAAAAGUCCUUCCUCUACGAAAUUGUGUCCAACAAAAAAAACGGCGUUGAUGUGGACAAGUUUGACUACUUGGCCAGGGACUCUUCCUACCUGGGGAUCAUGAACAACUUUGACUUUCGUCGCUUCCUGCAGUUUGCCAGAGUGUGUGAGGUUGAUGGCAGGAAAACUAUCUGCACCAGAGACAAGGAGGAAGACCAUAUGUACCACUUGUUCUAUACAAGACACCGUCUCCACAAAAGAGCCUGUCAGCACAGAGUAAGCCACAUCAUACAAGAAAUGAUUGCAGAGGCUUUUUUGAAAGCAGACAGUCACAUUCAGAUUGAAGGAUCAGGAGGGAGGAUGUUCACUCUCUCUACAGCCAAUGAGGACAUGGAGGCCUACACAAAGCUCACAGACAAAGUGUUUGAGGAAAUACUCAACUCUUCCGACCCGAACCUACAAGAGUCGAGGCAGAUUCUGCAAAACAUCAUCUCUCGAAAGAUCUACAAGUUUGUUGGUGAGACAACGCCAAAGAACCCCAUCCCGGAUUGGAAAAGCCUGAAGCCUAGCUGGAAAGAAGGAUUGGCUCAACCCUUACCUGAGGGAGGAAGAAAACUGACACGAAAGGACUUUAAAAUCCUGGUCAUUGAAAGGGACUAUGGCAUGGACGAUAAAGACCCUAUCCAACAUGUUCAUUUCUACAGCAAAUCUGACCUUAACAAGGCAAAGGCAAUGCCCAAAGAAAAGGUAAGAACUAAAUAUUGA